CAGUCAACAUCUCUUCGGCAGUCAGCAGUAUUUUGAAAAAUAGAACCAUCCACGUCUAGCGCCACUGUUUGUUUGUUUUUUUUCAUUUGGGACUCCUCUCCUUUUUUUUUUUUUUGAAAUAUAUAAAAAGGACAUUUACAUUAUCGAAUUGUUGUGCGCGCUGUGUGUGUGUGUGUGUGUGUGUGUGUCUCCCUGACAAAUUUUGCCUUUGCUUUUUAUUUUCCAGUUCUUCUUUACGUAGAAGAAGAAAUUUGGAAAACAAACAAUCGUCGUGAAAGUGAAUCGACUCACCGAUGAAAUUGAAACGUUGACGAAACUUUUAUUUUUUUUUAUUAAGUUUCUUGUUCCGGGAAAAAAAUUUGAAGAAAAAACAAAAAAAUGAGUCCUAUAGUUUGGACCGAUAGUGAAGAAUCGUAGGAAAUUUUCGAUUGUUUUGUUUUGUCUUUCCUUGAUUGUGCGCUAACGAGCGGAACUGGCCAGUAAAAAAAAAAAAUUCUUGAUUUUGUUCGUGCGUUCGGGUUCAGUCACGCAAAUAGAACAAGAAAAAGAAGCAAAAAAUAGAAACAAGAAAAAGAACAAAAGGAAAUAGAAAAAAAAAAAAAAAAAAAAAUUAAAUUAACGACAUGGCGUUUCGCGUACGUGAAGGCAAAGUUGUUCCGCCUUCCUUGCGAUCCGAUCACCUUGCCAACCGCUAUGUCCUGACCGGUCCGAUGAGUCACGGACCUGGCGGCGGAUGGCGGAUGCCCCCCGUUCGUGUCGUUGGACCGCAAUCUCAUCACUCUUCUUUCGCUCCGGUAUUCGACGGUCAUCGUGAUCCACCCGAGGACAAGUCGCCUAAUAACAAAUACCUGUUUCGUUCAUCGCAACCUCACCUCGUCCAACCUCAAGCGCAUCUGUGGGCCAGCAAUCAACAGCAGCCCGGAUCGCUGCGCGGUCAUCCGCAGCAACCAGGCUCAUUGCGCAGUCAUCCGCCCAUGUUGCCACUACCUCCGCCACCGCCACCAGGAGCCACGCAAGUCGGCGGCAGCAGCGGAGCUAUGAAGAAACAACAAUCAACGGUAGGCAACAAUUCGCAACCGCUGAGACGAGCCGUUUCAUUCCUGGAUCGGCCCGAUCUGGUCCAGUCCAAGCAGACGGCUGGCAAACAAUCGAAAUCGCUCAAAUUCCAAGAGGAGGACGAAGUCACGUACGACCCGUGGGCAGUCGAGAACGGGGCGUCCAAGUCGACUAAAGACAACACGGUCAAGAAGAUGGGCCGCUCGAAGAGUUUCAUGGACGCAUCGCAAAACGGGGCGCCAGUUUCGAAUGUCACCGAAGGAAAAGUGCGCAAAAUGCUGCGCAAAAGCGCUUCGAUUUUGUAUCCGUCUUGGCUGGCGGCCGCCAGGCGGAAUAGCCAAUCGCACCAUCCGUCCGAGCAGCAACAGUCAGUAGGUGAUCAACAUCCGAAAAAGGAAUGGCCAAGCGGUUCGAGUAAGCGACCGUCUAAGGACGAGUCACGCCAUCAGCCGUUGAACGAGGUCGAAGACCUGAACGGCCAUCACGAGAUGGAGAACGGACAAGAGUCGGGUACGGAGGCGACGCUUUGCGAGGAUUCCACGCAGAGAGCAGGUGCAACAGGUGACGAUGAUUACGGUUGGGAAUCGAUGGAGAAAAACGAUCGCCUGCCGGCAACAACAACUUCAACUUCAGCUGGGAAAAGUGUUGCGGUAGACGAGCCGGCGACGACAGUAGGCACGGCGGACGUAAUAACAGGAGGUCCGACUCCCCGUCGUUCGACGAUGGUCCAAUUGCCACGCUUAAGCGAGCGCAAUCGCCUCGUCCAGCAGCAGCAACAGUCGUCUCCCACGGCGGCCGAUCACCCGGCAGGUUCAGUCCUCUCUUCAUCCUCUUCGUCCACUUCCUCUUCGACAUUGCCCAACAGUAGGAAACCGGCCACUAGUAAAUGGCACAUCUCUUCCGGCGGGCCGAAAUCCCUGGCCGUUACCACCGUUCAGGUGGGUCGCAAACAAACGUCGGCCCCGACGUUUAAAUCGGCCGAGAGACGAUGGCAGAGUUUGAUCGUUUUGCCCGAUUUGAACGAUGCCAAAUCGUACGAUGAUGGCAGCACGAUGGACCAUCAUCGCAGCUGCUAUCCAGUGAGCGGCUCCGUUUACGACGAGAUGCUCGAUCAACAGCACAAGAGGAGAAACAAAUCGACGACCGGUUUGAUGGGCGCUGGCAAAGCAAUCGGCGGAUCGGCCAGCUUCCUUGAGAUCGAGCGAGACUACGCAACGGUCAGCUGGGAGGACUUGAGCGAUUCCCAUUUGUACCACCACUUGCAUCCGAUCAAGGCCCUGUCGCAAACGUCGCUGGCCAUCGGUCAGCACCAGCAGCAACAGCGGAUGACGUCCUGCCCGUCUUACGAAUCGCUCGACGACUAUCUGAUCACGUCGGACGAUGAAUCGCGUCGCCAUAACAACCGCAAGACGUCGGAUUCCAUUAGCAACUCGCAAUCGCAAUCGCAGCUCGUCUAUUGCGACAGUUUCGAGAGUCUGCCCAGGCCGCCACCGCCCGCCGACGCCGAUUACAGUCCGCCCGAUAUUUCGCCCGACGACUCGUCCGAAACGCACCGCGGCGAUCGUGAAAACCGCACCGGCGGGGGCAAAAAUCGCGUCCGCGUCAAGUUGCAACGCCUGCCGACGUUCAUCCAGCGCCAGGAGGCCUGGCAACGUAAGCCGUGGAAUCAGCGAGCCCAGCAACAGCAGCACCAGCUGAAGGUGUUCUCCUCGUCGUCGGGCAUGAUUCCGGAAGCUGAUACGCCGGAGCCGCUGGCAAGCGGCCACAAUUGGCGCUCUCGUACCAGCGACCAGGAAGAGGAGGAAGUGGAUGAAGAAGAAGACGAUGACGACGAUGACCUUUCUCGCGCUCCUGACCUGAUCCAUCAUCGGAGCGCCGUGGCUGUGACAGGCCGCGGAGGCGGAGGCGGAGCUGUUGGUAUCAAGAGGUCGAUGCCAGCUGGCAACGGCAAUGCGGAUCCCGUCUACUGGCACGACUGGCUCCCGCCGCCAGCCGCACUCCUCGAUUGCGGCUGCGGUCUCUGCCGCAUUACGGCCAGCAUGAACGGAUCGGGCACCUAUCAACUGAGGGCCCCCAUGCCGUCGUCUUUAUUCGCGCCUCCGCAGCCGCCGUCUCGGCCACCUCCACCGCACGUUUUCCCUCCGUUUCAAUUGCACCGCCAGAAGCAACAGCAGCAACAACAGCAGCAGCAACAGCUUCAUCACAAGUACCAGCUGCAGCAGCAACGUUUCCAGCAGCAAAUGCGCCAGUUGCCCGCAAUAUUCGGACACGCAGCAGCGAAGAAUAAUAAUUCAGCCAUCCGGCGAGAUGCCUCUUUCCAGCAGCAGCAACAAUCGACCGCUAAACCGCCACCACUUCGCAAGAGGUUACCACCGGUGGUUGCAGGAGGUCAAAUGGGUAAAAACAGCGGCUUAUCGCCUGGACUUGAAGGAUGUAAACUGGGCGGAGGCAGUACGACGACCGAGAGCAGUAGCAGUGGCACGGCCAGCGCGGGCGAUCAGCAACACGUCGCUAUCGGCAACCGACCUCUGCUUCAAUUGCCUUUGGGCAGUUGCAGUACCAGCAGCAGCACGACCAGUAGUUCCAGUAGUUCCGGCACCGGAACUGGCAAGCGCUUACCCGGAGUAGCCGCCGAUCCAAAUAAACGCACCUGCCUUACUCCAGCAGAGGCGUUGCGGCUUUACGGAUCGCGUUUGACUGCCUACGAACGCCUGGAGAUCGAGCACUACCCAGAGAUUUGGUUCCUGGGAUUGGACGCGCGCAAGAUUCACGGGGAGGAAGGCGCUCCGCAGAACGGCGGCUAUGACGACGAGAACGGCAGCUAUCACAAAGUGAUGCACGAUCACGUGGCGUUCCGCUACGAGAUCCUGGAAGUCAUCGGCAAGGGUAGCUUCGGCCAAGUGAUCCGUGCCUUAGACCACAAAACCGGACAACAGGUGGCCAUCAAAAUCAUCCGGAAUAAGAAGCGGUUCCAUCACCAAGCCCUGGUCGAGAUCCGCAUCCUGGACCACUUAAGGCGACGAGACAAGGACGGCCUGCACAAUGUCAUUCACAUGUUGGACUACUUUUAUUUCCGCAGCCACCUCUGCAUCAGCUUCGAGUUGCUCAGUCUCAACUUGUACGAGUUGAUCAAGAAGAACAACUACCAGGGCUUCAGCCUCAACUUGAUCCGCCGCUUUGCCUACUCGCUGAUCCAGUGCCUGAGGCUGCUCCGCCGAGAGAACAUCAUCCAUUGCGACCUCAAACCGGAGAACGUGCUGUUGAAACAUCGCGGUUCGAGUUCCAUCAAAGUGAUCGACUUUGGCAGCUCGUGCUACACUCACCAGCGCAUUUACACGUACAUCCAAUCGCGAUUCUACCGCUCGCCCGAAGUCAUCCUCGGCCUGCCUUACGGUCCGCCCAUCGACAUGUGGAGUUUCGGCUGCAUCCUGGCUGAGCUGUACACGGGAUACCCUAUCUUUCCCGGUGAGAACGAGAUCGAACAACUCGCCUGCAUCAUGGAGGUCUUAGAUGUACCGCCCGACAACGUCGUCGGACACGCUUCCAGGAAACGACUCUUCUUCGAUUCCAAAGGAAACCCUCGUUGCAUCACCAACAGCAAAGGCCGCAAACGGCGACCAGGCUCCAAGGAUCUGACGUCCAUUCUCAAGAAUUGUGACCCCAUUUUCGUCAAUUUCGUCUCGCGCUGUCUAGAAUGGGAUCCCAAUAAGCGAAUGACACCUGACGAGGCCCAUCGUCACGAAUGGUUUGCCGGUGCGGCAGCCACGACUUCAUCGGGAGCGCCAGCUCCUCCAGCCAGUGCGGAAGAGGCUCCGUCGGGGCAGAGCAAAUGUUCAGAAGACUCUGAAGGAGUUUUUUCAGCUUCGUCGACAGGUUCGACGAGCAGCGUCCAACCGCAGCAGAACGGUGCCGACCGAUCGAUAAUGUACCAAAUUUUCAAGAGCAAGAAGAACAUCAGCCAAUCGCAACAAGAUCAACCGGACGAAGCUAGUCAACAGGAUGGUGAACAGAUGUCACGAUCAUCACCGACAGCGGCAUCGGGAGCGACGCGCAACUCCAAGCGGAUCGACGGCAAUUCGAACCUGGACGAUUCGGGCACUUACCUCCCUUCCAUCCUCUAAAACUUGUCAAUAUCCGCACGGGCUUCUUCUUCGUUUUCCCACCCACGUUUGUCCCUUUUGAUUUCCCUGAAGAUCAAGUGAAAAGGGAAUGACACGUACAGAGAAGGCAUAUGCAGAGAGAGUGGGCGAGAGAGAGGAGAAAGGGUUACAGGAUGUUGUGAAUGACCAACGCCCUUGCACCGCAUCCCCUCGGUCGUGAUUAUUCCUACCCCCGAUGUUGUCUGUAUGACAUUUUCUUUUGCGUCGUUAAAACAAAUUUCACUAUAUAACAGGAAAUCUCUCACUCUCUCUCCCCCCUUCUUUUGGUCGAAUUGGUUGCGCACGGAUGAUGGUCUGUCGUGUAACACCAAUAUUCUUCUCUCUUUCUCGCUCUCUUGCUCGACUUUUUUAUCCUUUUUUUUUUCUGGGACCUAAAUGGAUGUUGCAAUGAUACUAUUCACGUCGUUGGCUCCAAAAGGAUCGUGCGUACGUACAUGAAAAGGGGAACAAAAGAAAGAAAAAAAAAGUCUGUUGAAUCUUUUUUUUAAACAUACUAAACAUUCAAAAAUGGCAGAAAUGUGGUGCGUAUGUUUCCCAUUAUUCGUUUGGAGAAAAUGCAUAACCUAGAAGUUCUUGCAACAGCUCCUAAAAUGAGAUUAUUUGGAUGGGGGGAGGGUAGCUCUAGCGACUGUUUGAUCCGACCGAUUUUUAAGAAAUGUUUUAAGAGAUAGGAAUAAUCGCUGAACAUUCCAAUCUGACAGAAAGAGAACAUCUCUCUCCUUUCAGCCGAUUUUGGGAUUUUUUCUCGCGACAUUGUUGUUUGUAUAUCUUUGGUCUAACAUCGCAGUUCCAAGACCCGCAUCCUUCCUUCAGUGAAUGUUAUAGCCUUAUUGUGAAAUUUAAUUCGACAAACCGGCGCUGGUCGACCGUCCGUCGGCCAGGAUUUUCCUUUUCCUUCUUAACUUGGACUUGCAUUUUUCCAUUUCUUUUAAGUCUUGUUUCAAAUUGUAAUUUCGUUUUUGUUCUCUUGAAAUAUUUCAUGGGAACAGACGUUUGAAAAACGACUCUCGCCUCUUCCAAAUUCCCAAUAACACACUGAAUCUUUUCAGUUCUGCGUCAUUCUUGCACUGAUUGCAUUGCGAACAUGCAAAACGCUACGUAUGCAAAACGAGACAUGAAAAGGGAGGUAUAAACCCUUGCAACUUGUUCAAGAUUUCCCAGAAGAUUGACAUUUUUGUUUGUGCUCUUUGAUAUUAUAUUUUAUUUGGACUUUUGCAAUCCCCUACCCUUCCGUUCCAUCUUAUAAUAUCGUCAUUUUCUUUGAUUCACCUGAUCCCCCUUCAUUUUUCUUACUGGGCCAACCUGUCUCCCAAUCAAACUUUCUCUAUUUGAUUCCUCGUAUAUCUUCGCAUCGCCCUUUUCGAUCAAAUUCAAAGGCCCCCCCCCC